GUGUGACGGUCUUAUUAGACAUACAAUUCAUUACUGCUCUCCACCGUUGACCUACGUUAAGCCAAGAUGCCACCGAAGAAGGGUCUAUCCGCGGCUGACAAGAGGGACAGGAUGCUAGAAAUCUUUCACGAAUCCGCCGACGUUUUUGUCAUAAAGGAUGUAGAAAAGCUAUCUAUAAAGAAGGGCAUCAUUGCGCAAGCAGUAAAAGAUGUGCUGCAGACGCUCAUAGACGACGACUUGGUACACUGCGAAAAGAUUGGCAUCAGCAACUACUACUGGGCCUUUCCCUCGGAGGCCAGCGUCAAGCUCGAGACCGAGGUGCGCAAGCAGGAGGGUGAUCUUGCGGCGUUGCAGCGGCGGCGAGCCGAGGUGGAGGCGGCCCUGGCGCAACACAAGGCGGCCAACCCCAACACGG